GGAAUGUUAGUGUCUGAAGGGUCCUUAGAGCUCAGCUGAUACAUGACACCCCCCUCCUCCCUUUAUAGAUGGAGAAACCAAGAAACAGGGACUGGAAGAGGCUUUCCCCUGGGUCACACAGCCAGUCAGGUUUCUUCAAAGGGCAGGAGACAUCGGCUGGGGUGGGGCACCCUAACCACAGGGUUAGGCCCUCCUCUCCUUCCUGAACCUCGUUCCCUUGUCCCUUCCUCCACCAAGCCAGAACUACAGCUAGUAGGAGCUGAGGAGGGGAAAUGGGGCCGGGCUGGUCCAGACUUCUGGCACUGAGUCUACUGUUUCCCAUAGACCCCCUAGGUAUCCUAGCCUUCCUCCUUGGCUGGGGGCUCCCCGGCUGUAAGGGCAGUCGCAUUAUUGGGGGCCGGGAGGCGAAGCCACACUCCAGGCCCUACAUGGCUUCUGUGCGCUUUUUGGGUGAACACCACUGCGGAGGGGUGCUCUUCAUGGCCCAGUGGGUGCUGACAGCGGCCCACUGCUUCUUCAACAAAGACAGCAGCCAUGCCCUGGUAGUGCUGGGUGCCCACUCCCCCAGCGACCCCGAGCCUACUCAGCAGGUGUUCAGAAUACAGCGCUCAAUUUUGCACCCGUACUAUGACCCCGUGAGCCAUCAGAAUGACAUUUGCCUACUGAAGCUAAAUCGCAAGGCUGUCCUCAGCUCCUCAGUGGGACUGCUGAAGCUGCCCAGGGAGGGUGUCGACCCUGAGCAGGGCACAAAGUGCCUGGUGUCAGGCUGGGGCUCUCUGUCUGACUUCGGGGAGUCGCCGCAGGGCCUGAUGGAGACGGACGUGAGUGUACUGGGUCGGGAGAGCUGUAACAGAUCCUGGAAAGGCCAGGUCAGCAGCAAGAUGGUUUGUGCCAACAGUGGGAGCUGGAAACACAACGGCUUCUGCACGGCUGACUCUGGAGGACCCCUGAUCUGUGGAGAAGCAGCCCAAGGCAUUGUCUCCUUCUCCGGCACCUGGUGUGGAGACCCCAGCACCCCAGAUGUCUACACACUCGUCUCUGCCUACAUCUCUUGGAUCCAGUGUGUGAUCCAGGAAUCCAAAUAGGCUCCACUGUUACCCCUUUGACCCCUCCCCACCCUAGCCUCAGAUAUGGCUCCUGGCCUGAAGCAAACAAGAUACUAAAGAUAAGUGUAUGUAAAUUAUAUGUUAAUUGUAUGCAGAUUAUAUGCAGGGCACUCCCUCCAUGCCAAUAAAAUCAUGCAGGGAGCUAA